AGUGUAUAUUUCGAGUCGAUUCCGCUAGAUGGCGCCACGAGGGCCUCGCAACAUCACGUGGCGUCAGUAUAACUUAAAGAGGCAACGAUAGUUGUGGCUGGUGGCUGCUUGUAACGAGUCUACGCAGGUUAGGUUAAGUUGUGAACGAAACUUCGCCGGGACAUGUGUGAUGUGUGAAUUAAAUUGUUGAUCACAGUUCGAUUAAUUAUAAAAUGCCGUUGAUACUGUCGAGUAACCCGCGAGAAUGGCUGAACGUCGAUCAUUACAAAGCUCUGAAGACUCAACAUGAAUUGGUCGACGAGUGGGAACCGACGCGUGAGGUUUUCCCUUUGAAAUAUGGAGAUUACAUGGUAGCAAUGUGCGCUGGCAUUAGCGGGGUGUCGAUCAAUUCAAUAUUCAGGAAGAAAAUGAAAUUACAACAAAAAGGCGCCGUGUUCACGACCUUCUUCUUGACACUGGGACCAGCUUUCGUCGCAUACAUUUGUCACAGAGAAUAUGUCACAAACAAGAUACUGCUGUACCAAGCACGGUGCUCUUUGUGUGAAGAAUUAAAAGCUGUGUCAAUGAUCUCUGCUACUGGCUUCGUGUACCCUAUGAUCGUCUCCUCAGCAAUAAAUCUCGCAAUUGCUGGAAAUAUGGGAUACAGAAUUCCUUACAUAUACGAAGUAAGAGAACUGGCUACGUUCUUCUGGAGUGUCCUCAAGCCACAGUCUAGAGUCCUUGCUGUUUUAUUACUGGGAAAUGCACUCAUAGCUAGCACUGUAACGUAUAAACAGCUCCGUUCGAUGCAACUCGUCUCUGAUAUUUUAAUUAAGGUUCAACCGUACUUGGAGGACGAAAAGGAGAUAGAUAGAUAGAAACGAAAUGUGUAAGAGGCACCGGACUAGGCUUGCUCAAGGAUUCGUGUAGGAAGACGUUCCCUAAGAUAAUAAUAACAACAGCGAUAGAACAACAACAAAAUCCCGAUUCUACGUGUACCAGAUUUUGUAUAGCAGGUAAUAUGAAAGAUAGAGUAGAUACUCGAGAUGACUGUAUGCACAAUUGUUCGAUUCUGUUACAAUGAAUUGGUGCCGCGAACACGCGUGACUGGCCAUUAUAUUAUAUAGAUAAUUAUUAUAUUGCAAACAACAAUUAAAAGUAUGUGUACUCGAAUAACAAAUGUUGCCAGGCGUCUGGCAAGUCGGGGGUCCUCUGAC